AUGGCGAAAGGGCAGAGGAAGAGCCUAAGUCACGUGCGACGUAACCCGCUGGCGGCUGGACCGCCGGAGUCACCGACGGGUACUGCAACCACCACCAACGGCGCCGGGAAUACUCCUGCCACGAGCGGAAAUGAGGACUCGGCCAUGGAUGUAGACAGUGGCGGUAACAUGACGAACAGUCCCCCACCCGAUGAUACCACACCCCUUGCGGCGACACCAAGGAUAACGGUCGCCAUCGUAGGCGCGUCAAAGACUAUCCCACCAGACACCGACACUGCUGGUUCCCAGCACUCGAAGAGGCCCUUGAUAGAAGAGGACUCCCCGCCAGCGGAAGUGAACAAAUCCCGAGCACUCGCGCGCGAAACGCCCAAGCAGGGUGCCAUCGAAACCCCGCAGACUCCGCAGAGGCACGGAGGUCGGCAACCCCCCGCAGACUCCGCGACAACCCCAGGCUCGAUCACACCCCUACGCUUCACGCGCACCGCAGCCAGCAACGCCACUGCAGCACCCGAAGACCCCUUCGCUCCCGCCCUCGCACAAGGGAACCCCCAAGGCCCUGGUGCGCCUGUCACCCCUAACCACACGUCCAACGCACCCGUCGCGCACGCAAGCGUCCCUGCCGUCCCUGGACAGCGGCCCGCUUUUACGGCCAACGCAGGAGCCCGGCCAGGCCUGGCGGCCUUCUCGCGAUUGCGCAGUGCCCUCGCUAUUGGGAACGAAUCGCGAUCUCCCGGUUCUUUUGCGGCCGCCACCGUAGACAUCGAGCACACGCCGGCGCCCCUCGGGGGCUGGCCUGAGAUACAUACGGAGCACGCCACGCGGGCCUUCGAUGGCUUGGAUGAAGAGCAAGCUGAGCAGUGGCUAUCGAUGGAGGGCACCCAGGCGACUGCGUCCAUCUUCGACCUCAACACCGAUGAUUGCGAGGAAGUACUACAAUAUGGCAGAGAGUUAGAAGCUGUACUCCGCGCCGCGACGGGCUUGACCGAACUCAUGAUCUCCGUCCCCGUCCGAAAGGCCGCCCCCCUUGACACCAACGGCAACCCGACCAAGCGUCCGUGGUACGAAGGCAUCCCCCACAACUUCCUGAUAUACAACGUCCCCCCGGCGACUAUCGACCACCUCGUCGAACAACGCAUCUGGGCCCUCCGAGGCCUCGCCUUCGAAGUACGGAUGCUCGACAAGUCGUUCCCGCCCCCCCGUUUCGUACAGUCCAUCUCAGGCUUCAUGAUACAGGGCACAGCCUUGGCCAAGGACGCGGUAAUUGUGACGCUGAAGCGAAAUAAGGCGGCAAUCGCCGAUCUAUGCGGAGAGGUUCAUAACGACGACUUCGACUGGGCUUUCGAGGGCCUCCUGGACUCUGUGCAUAUCGACCAGAUCGACGCAAAGGACGGCGGAGGACGCGUGGCUCCUCGCUACAACGUCUUCGCCGACAUCGCCAUACUGUUGCCCGACAAUAUGGGAACCGAGGACGAGCGUGACCCUCACACGCUCUGGUUCCGCAUCCGCAACUUCAUGCGGCACCUUUCGUACACCUCUCUUAUGAACGGCUCCGCGAUAAACAAGAUCCCCUUCACGUGCGGCUACUGCCACGGCAUCGGACACCCCAAAGGCAUGUGCCCUUUCCCCGAAAUCCCUGGAUGGAACGGUCCACAAACGCGCAGGGGCAACCAAGAAGAAUGGCCGCAACGCGACUACGACGGUAAAUGGGCAGGCCCGCGAGGGGCAUCGCGCGCCCGAGGGCGAGGCCGCGGCCGUGGACAUGGUCGUUUCUGA